UUUAUUUUGUCUUUCGUAUUCGUUUUUCUGCCUCUCUUAACAAAUAUCCUAAAGGCUGGAAGAUAUCUAUGGAAAUCACAUUGAUUCAUAGUUUCAAAACUAAGUCAAGUGUAAUGGGUUUAUUAUAGGAUUAACUAUGGGAGUUUAUAUCCCGGAAUCUAAUACAAGCACCAACUUCACUCCCGGUGGCGACUUGGCGACAGUCCACGAAGCUGGAGCGGUUCUCCCGGGCUAUAUGAUUGUGAUCCUGGCUGUGCUUAUGAUAACUCUCGUAGUCGUGGUUGUGGCUGGCAACGCACUUGUUAUCCUGGCUUUCAUUGUUGACAAGAGCCUAAGAAAUCAAAGCAACUACUUCUUCCUCAACCUUGCUAUUUCAGAUUUUCUUGUUGGUGCCUUCUGCAUCCCUGUGUACAUCCCCUACAUCCUGACAGGCCGCUGGGUGCUGGGCAGAGGUCUCUGUAAGCUGUGGCUCCUCAUGGACUACCUGCUGUGUACUGCCUCUGUCUUCAACAUCGUCCUCAUCAGCUACGACCGAUUCCUCUCCGUCACCAGAGCAGUUAAAGGCAGCAGGGCAACUGAAGGUGUUCCCCAAAUUGGAAUUGUCAUCACAGAUGGAGAAGCCAAUGAUGACAUACAAAGAUCAGCAUAUCUUCUAAGGAAACAUGGCGUUUCUCUCAUGUGCCUUGGUAUUGUAGGCGCUUCAAAAAAUGAGAUGUUAAUGAUCACUGGCAAUCCAGAGAAUGUGUUAUUUAUUGAGUCAUAUCGAGACAUGAAGAGCAGUGUCCCGUAUGUCGCCCAGAGGCUCUGUGAACUGGCAGAGGAGAGGGUGUCCAGCAACCUGACAGUCUGUUCCCAGGGAGCUGCCAUCGACAUCAUGAUUAUUCUGGAUGACAGAUCCCAGAGCAUCAUGCCUCAGGAGUUUGAGCUUAUCAAAGACUUCCUCCGAUCACUGCUGCACUGCUUCUACCUGGGGCAGGACCAGGUUCGAGUGGGCCUGGUUCCUUAUAGUCGACACAAUGACACGACGGCGUUCAAGCUCAGCACUCCCCUAAACAACAUGGAGAUCCUAAAGCACAUCUGGAAUCUGAGACAGUCAAACAGUUUGACCACAGAGACUAACCCACAUUGGGAGAUGAUGAGUGAGCUUCUCAGGGAGGAGAGGGAGGGUGUGAGAGAAGAAUGGGUGACUAAAGUUGGGUUGGUCAUCAUGGGCAGUGAGCUCCAUGAGAAUUUGAGUGCGUCAUUGGAUGAGCUCAAGAAUCAUGGUGUGUCUCUAUAUGCUAUCGGGGGUGCCAAUGCUUCACUGAUGGGUCUGAACAAGAUCACUGGCCAUCGCGAAAAUGUGUUCUUCGUCCAGAACUUCUCAGGCCUGACGGAGAUCUCUGAACGUAUCAGCCAGGAGAUCUGUAGCUCAGCAGAGGACAGGGGACAACAGGUCGUCCACAUGCCACCACCAGGUCCAAAGAACAGUACGGUGACAGACAGCCAGGUCACUCUCUACAGGGGCCAGUCUCUCUCUGCUCUCUGUCCCUAUGACCAGAGGUACAAGGAGGAUGUGAAAUACUGGUGCAGGAUGAAGGGAGAGUUAGACUGCGCUACCAUAGUGCGUACUGACUUUCCUUUGCAACGUGGAGAUGUGUCCAUCACAGAUGACCCCAGCCAGCAUACCUCCACUGUGACCAUGCAGAACCUGCAGACUCAGGACACAGGGGAGUAUGUGUGUGCUGUUGACAAUGGAAGAAACCCCCUCUACAUGGCAUCUCUGUCACUGACUGUCACUGCAGGCUUCCCAGAUGUGUCAGUGAGGAGCAACAUGGUGUCUGGUAAGGAGGGGCACAACACCACAGUCGAGUGUCUCUACAGUGACAUCAUGGAUGACAGUGAGAAGAUGUGGUGUAGGAACGGGACACCUGCUGGGAACUGGAGCUCCUGCCUGACUGCAGAGGGAGAACGGGCGUCUCAGGACCGCAUGGAUCUGAUCAUCGAUACGUGGAGUCGCACCUUCACUGUGACGAUGAGACAUCUGGAGAUGAACGAUACAGACUGGUACUGGUGCAUAGCAGGAGACCAGCAGAUCCCGGUGUACAUCUCAGUCCUCAAAGUAUCUAACGCAUCAAUAUCUCCUCCAACCUUGAACCUGAUUACUUUCCCUUUGGUCUUGAAGCUGAGAGCAACGGAGGAUGAUAACUCAAGCUGGGACUGGGAGAGAUAUCUGGCUAUUCUGCUGAAAGUUGCUGUUGGCCUGGUAUUUGUGGCAUGCACCAUCCUAGCAGCUCUGGUGAUGAGAGACUACAAAAGUAAGUGCUAUGUAUUUUCAUCACUUAAAUUGUUGAGUCCAAAUACCUUGUCAAAAUGACCAUGUAUGAUUAGAUUAUACUUAUUGACUUAUUAAGUGAAAUGUAACACUAUUUAUGUCAGAAAAAAACAGGAACGAACUCUAAGGGACACAGGAACAG